ACACAGGGAAAGCCAACCGGGUUAGGCCACAACUGGAUGCCACCCGCACAACAAUUUGAGCCUCCUUGUGUGUCGGAGGGGAGUGAGAGAUGGACGGCGGUGCUGAGCGGGGACCCACCCUGGGCAGGAGCCAUUUGCUCGGUGUUGGAAGCCUGGCAGUGUGUCGUGUCCCCAGCCUAGGUGGUGGCUAGCAGGAUGGGAGAGUGGGUGCUGGGAACCAAGCUCCUCUACCCAUAGGUUAGUCCCGAGCCAUCCAGGUGUCAUCUCAUUCCCUCCCUGGCUAGAGGUCUAUGCAGAUGCUGCUCGGUACCUGAUCUGUGCUGGGGUUUCCUCCUGUGGCCAAGUCGAGGCAUGCCCCUCAGACCUCCCGGCCCGGCUCUCGGGCACUGUCUUUGCAGAGCUGCACGCAGGAGGUGGUGGAAGAGCUGACGGAUGGCUUCGGGUACUCCAUCUCCCUGGACAGGGACCAGCUGCACCGCGCCACCAUCAAUAACCAGGGCUGCUCUGAGAGUGAAGAUGAGUCCACUCUGUCUGUCACUGAGGCCUGCAGGAUGCGUGCCCUCCGGGCAGGCAUGAUGCAGAGGCUCUCAGAGACUGUGCUGCCAGCCUUCCCCAGCAGAGUCCUCUGCAGUGUCAUCACCUCCCUCUGCAGCUACUCAGGCUCCAGCACAGCCCACCAGGUGCUGGACCAGCUGUUUCCCAGUGCUAUCUAUUUCCUGCUGGGAACCUGGCUGGGCCAAGGGCAGGAUUGCAGGGAGCCCCUGCGGUUUCCCUGUUGGACCCUGCAGCUGGCCACUCUGCACGUCAGCUUUGGUGGCUCCCACGUGGAGGGCCAUGCCUACCUUCUGCCAGGCCACCUGGAGCAUCUCAAGGCCAUUGAGGCCGAACGGAAAGAGCCAGCUCCAAAGCUCCUGCCACUUCCAGAGCCAGAGCCAGUGCCAGCCCCCGGGCUGGAGCCAGCUGCACCUCCAGUCUCACCACGUGUGGUAGAGCUGGAGGCAGCAGCCCCUGAGUCGGCCAGUCCAGGACCAGAGCAAGGGCCACCAUUAGAGGCAGCCCCAGAGCCCAGCUGCCCCUGGGCCGUGACCACCGAGGACCAGCUGCGGGAGGAGAAGCUGAACAUCUUGGACUUCCCUCCCCAGCUGGUGGCAGAGCAGCUGACGAGGAUGGCUGCGAUGAGCAGAGGAGCUCGCGGGGCGGGUGGCCCCUGCCUUCCCGGUGCCAUGAGCCGCCCCACACCUGCCAUUCCCUGCUCGGGAUUCCGAUGA